AUGUCCAUAGAAGGUAUGACCGCAUGGCUUUUUGCUGGGUCAACAUUCAAACGACAACUGAACAGACAUGAAACUCAAAAAUGCUCAAAACGAAACAGGCUAAAAUUGGACAAUAAAUGGUUGACGUUUGCUUUGCAAAAAAAAAAAAGACGUGAACAACCUUUCGAAAUUCUUUCAUCUCACAAAACUGCCAAUUUAGAACGGGACAUGAUAAAAUGA